AUGGCAGACACAUUCAAGAAAUACAUCCUACCGGAAAGAAAAGGAUUUCAUUGUUUGACACUCCAUGAUGUGCCCAAGCCACGUCCACAAUAUGGCCAAAUCUUGAUUCGCAUCAGGGCUGUUUCGCUGAACUGGAGAGACUGCGCGAUUGCCAAGGGAAUUUAUGCAUAUCCCGGUGAAUCGUGUGACGUGCCCGGUAGUGAUGGUGCAGGAAUCAUUGAGGAAAUCGGCGAAGGUGUAACUGAGUGGAAAUCUGGCGAUCGCGUGGUGGCAAACUUCAUCCAAGACCAUCUAGCAGGCAGACUAGCCCCUGAAGCUGUCAAAUCAUGCCUUGCUGGCGGUAGACCCGGCCUGUUGGGUGAAUAUGUGAUACUACCCCAAUCGGGCGUUGUGAGGAUUCCCGAAUAUCUUUCCUUUGAAGAAGCGGCCUGCCUACCGUGUGCUGGAGUCACGGCAUGGAACGCACUAUAUGGCUCGGUGCCCAUUCGACCGGGCGAUGUUGUACUUCUGCAAGGAACGGGAGGAGUGGCCAUGUUUGGACUCCAAAUCGCCCGAGCAGCUGGUGCGGUGACUAUUGUCACAUCUUCCUCGGACGAGAAGCUGGCCAAGACAAAAGAGCUUGGCGCCACACAUGGCAUCAACUAUCGUACAUCGGACUGGGCGGCAGAGGUAAAAGCCGUUACGCAUGGCCGAGGAGCAGAUCAUAUCCUCGAAGUCGGAGGAAUCGGGACCUUGCCGCAGUCCUUCCAAGCAGUUGCAUGGAAUGGAUUAAUUCAUUCCAUCGGUCAUAUCACCAACAUGGUCGAUGAUCACAAAAAUGGACAUAGUGAUGCGACAUUUCUGACUAUCGAUCCGCCAUACAUACUCCGUCGGAUCAUUGUCGGGUCUCGAGAGCAAUUCCAGGAUUUGCUGGCCUGUUUCACUGCAAAUUCCAUUCACCCAAUUAUUAACAGGAUUUUUGAAUUUGAAAAGGCACAAGAAGCGUAUGAGUAUCUUUGGGGCUCAUCACAUAUUGGCAAGGUUGUUAUCCGCAUACCAUAA